AGCAGCUUGUGAAGGAAUGAGGCUCAUCAGGUUGGACUGGUUGGACUGCUUUCAGAGUGGAGGAGGAUCUGCUGUAGAAAAUCACAAUAUCUGACGGUCAGAGGUUCCGCUGUAGAGAAUAAAGAGUAAAGUUUGUGUUAGGAACCUGAAGACGAUGGCCGUGAAUCUGAGUAAGAACGGUCUUUCACUCAUGGAAGCUUAUAAAGAAGUGGUGGACGGAAAGAUGGACACCAACUGGGCUUUGUUCACUUAUGAAGGAAACACUAAUGAUAUUCGUCUGGCAGAGAAGGGAGAUGGGGGAUUAGAGGAGAUGGUGGAGGAGCUGAACAGUGGGAAGGUGAUGUACGCUUUCUGUCGAGUCCAGGACCCAAACUCUGGUCUGCCCAAAUAUGUCCUCAUAAACUGGACAGGUGAAGGUGUGAAGGACUCCAGAAAAGGAACAUGUGCCAACCACGUGAGCUCGAUGGCCAACUUCCUGAAGGGAGCCCAUGUGACCAUAAACGCCCGCGGAGACGACGACGUGGAACCAGAGACCAUCCUGGAGAAAGUGUCCAAAGCGUCCGGAGCCAACUUUCAUUUCCACAAACCGACAGAAUACAGAGAUGCUCCGAGAGGAGCCGUGGGUUCUGUGUAUCGGAAGGUGAACGCCGUGGAGGAAAUUCAACAAACCAAGAAAGACGACUUCUGGGUUCAAACUCAGCGGGACGAAGCAGUUCGUCAACAGGAGGAGAACAAACGACUGCAGCAGGAGAGACAGACGAUGGAGAUGGAGAGGAGGGAGAUGGAGGAGAAGCAGACCAAGGAGAGGGAGAAGAGAUUCAAGGAGAGAGCUCAGCAGAUCGAACAGGAGAAGAUUCAUCAGAAGCAGAAAGAAGAAGAGGACAGAGAGACGGAGCGGCAGAGACAUAACCUGCAGGAAAAUGGAAACAGGAAGUCGGGCCUCAACAUCGCUGCGUCGGUGCAGAAAGCUAAUGAGGCCAAAUCCCUGAUUUCUCAGAGGUCAUUUAACCCCAGAGACGUGUUCAAGCAGAGGGAGCAGAGCUUUGAGUCUCCGGCAUCCGGACCAGGUGGAACAAGACCAGGUGCAUCCAGAUCAGGUGCAUCCAAACCAGGGAAGUCCUUUCAGAGAGAAACUUUGCUGCAACCUCAGUCUCCGAUUGCUCCAGCUGUGGUCCCCCUGUCUCCUGUCUCACCUGUCUCACCUGUUUCACCUCCCUCACCUGUGCUGUCUCACUCACCUGCUGCACCACCAGAGACAACUGGCUCACCUGUUCCAGCUGAAGACACUACUUACACAGAAGAGGAGGAGUGGUCUGAUGAGUUUGAAGACGAUGGAGAUGAAGCUCCUCCUAAAGACUUGUACGAGGCAGCUAAUCCAGCAGCGACAGACGAGGACCUGUAUGAAGAUGUUUACCAGCAGAACUUCUCCUCAGCCGGAGACGGUGAUGUUAAGAAGGACAUCACUGCCAGAGCUCUGUACGACUACCAGGCUGUUGACGACACUGAGAUCACCUUUGACCCUGAUGACAUCAUCACGGGGAUCGAGAUGCUGGAUGAGGGUUGGUGGAGAGGAUACGGACCUCACGGGAACUACGGCAUCUUCCCGGCCAAUUAUGUUGAGCUUCUGUAG